AUCCAAUGACAAUAGCAUUAUCGAACUUUUCUGACGCAUUUCUUUAAAUGGUAAUCCGCUUUUCAUACUUAAUCAUUAUUUUGUGUUAAUACAAGAAGCGGUGGACGCACGUAUAUCGGCAUCGAAGUACUAUGGGGGGCUUUCAAUCAAAAAAUUGAUUUCUUUUCGCUGAUGCACUUUCCUCCCUUCUGGGAGUAUGAAAGAAGUAGCAGCUAAGGCCUUGUUGUGGGUGUUGCUAGGAUUAAACACAUCUUUAAGACAUGAUAGAUUGUCUAACCGCAUGCACAUAAUGAUCUGGAUAGUAAUAUCAACGAGCUAGAAUGAUAGGAUUAUUGUGAAUAUUUCACCAUUUUGAAGGGAAUAUUGCUGGAUCCCUUCAUCAACCAGUGGCCAUUUGAGAUCUAAUUAUUGAUAAAUGCUCAUCUUCUACAAAUCAUCAAACCUUGAAAAUUAAAUGAAAAUAUGGCAGUCUCUUGUGUGGAAUUGCGUUUUCAUCAAGUACAUUAACUUCGGCAGUGUGAUAGAUUCUUACACCAAUUGCACGUUGCUCUGGAUAAAGAGCAAAUAAAUCAGAUCUGAUGGCGGGUGGUUCUUAUCGCAUAGACAUGAAGAGGGAUGAUCCUAGAACUCUCAUGAUCAAAAUGGAUGCCAGGUUGACAUUUGCAGGGCAAGCGAGAAAUCAUGCAUUCCGUUUGGAAGCCGAGCGUGAGCUUCGUCAUCUUGACUAUGCGCGUCAUCUGACUCGAUCAACACUUGAGAGACAACAGAAAGAAAUGCACAAACGGAUGGACUUCCUGAAGAAUCUUGUCGAGCAAAAUCGAGCCAGGCGAAAAUCUAUGGAAGAGGAGGAGGAUGGUGAUAAUGGUGGGAACGGUAGGGAGUCGGUGGCUGAGAGGAGAAAGAGAAAAGAGGAUGGUUUGCGACAUACAUUGCCGAUUAUUCCCGCUAGGAGAAAUCUCGAAGAUUUAGUCAAGUCACUGCAAACAAAACAGAAUAGCAAUUCAAACUUAAGUAAAUCCUUAGGGUAUCUGAGCGAAUCCCAUUCACGACACAGUACGCAAGAAACAUUAAGUGAAAAGAGAUUAAGACAUUUGAAACAAGAAAUGAGAAAUUCCAAAAAGAAGGAAAUCCCUAAAGUUCAGGUAACUCUAGACGCAGAUCGUCCUGCAGAAUCACCAAAGAUCGUCUGGGCUAACGCAGAAGGUGUAGCAAGUGUCAGUGAGAAAAACAAAACCAACGGUGGGGUACCAACCCAGACAAUCUCAUUACCCGACAUUUCACCUGGUAACAACAGGACUCCUAGCAAACACACUUCCGGAGGAAGAAGGGUUUCUUUAAGUCAGAUGAUUGCUACCGGUGAAAUCCAGAAACUCCCUGGUAUCGGACCUGGUACUUCUGGCUUGACAUCUGAAGGUGCCCAACAAAAUAUCAAUAUGGCAAGAACAUUCUACAUGAACACUAGUCACACCUCUGGUCGCGGUCCAAUCCUGCAACCAAUACAAAAUCAGCAACAGAAGACAAACCGCAACAAACGUGGUUGGGUGAAGUUACCACCGAACAUGGAUGCUCUUAAGUUCAAGGAGGAGGACAUGGAGAAAAAUCCUUUCAUUACUGAUGAUUUUAAACCGGAGACCUACCGAUCUCGCGAGUUGAUGGACUCCAAUAAACCGGAAGAAAUGUACGUGUGGCUUGGAUUUGAUUCCGAGGAAGAAUAUCGUCAAAUGGUAAAAGAAGCUAAAGAGGAGCUUGAUGCAGAAAGCGAGGACGGUGGUGAUGAUCUAGUCGAACUGGAAGUCAUUGACGAAGUUGAAGAGCCUGCCGAUGACUCAAUCGAAAAAGCGGGUGCUGAAUAUCUGAGGAAAAGGAGGACAAGUAGGCGAGUAUCGCGUCUCAGCGCUCCCGUUGCUAUGUUAGCAUCUACUCUAAGUAGAGUGAGUUUAAAUAGAAAAAAAUCAAACUCGGACAAGAGUAAACCAAGUAGUGCACUGAAGAGAUUCAUUAAAGCUGCUAAGACAAUCUGUAUCGUCAGACAAUUCCAAAUGAAUAAUGACGAAAGCCAAGCAAGAUGAUAACAUCUUGCUUUCACUAUAUGACUAAUAUUUUACUUACUUCAAAUACGAUUUUAGUAUAUAGGUAAAGUACCUAGAAAUUGUAUAAGUAUCUAUUAGAAAUAAGUUGUACAAAUUAUGAUUAAAAUCUCCAAAUGAGACUGGAUGUAAAUGACAAAUUCAAUUGUAUUCGAAUUGAUUCUAUUAUUAGAAGUAGACAAUGCCUCUAUCUGAAGAUGGAUGGCAAAAAUAAAACUCAUUAUUGUUCUAUUUUGCAUGAGCACUAAACUUUUGAAAUUCAAGUCCAAAAUCAGAUUUCAUCGGAUGAAAGUUCAGUCUAAUUAACUCCUUUCAAUAAAAACAUAAACAUGGGUAUUCCAUCGUGAUGAUACAUUUUUUCAUAAGCUGCAUUUUAUUUAUUCCGAACCUCAAAUAUUCUAACUUGCUGGUUCAAAAAAGAAUACUGUCAUUAGUAUUUUAAAAAUUUAGAGAUAUGGUCAUCUUAAAUUUGGUGUCAGACUUCUCGUUUUAUAAGUCAAAUAUUUGUUAUAAUGACGUAUUCAUUGUUGAUGAAUCAACUUAAUUUCGUAUAAUAGAUUAGAAAAAGAAUUUUCGACGAAAGCUUUAUGAGUUUAUAUUCAGUUACAUGAACAAUAGCAAUUGAAUGAUUGGUAUAUUGAAUUAUAAUUCUACUCAAUACUAUAUUGAAAUGUGUCAAAGUCAUUGAUUCAAGUGAAUUAAUAUCUGCAUAUCUAUUAUGCAAAGUAAAUGUACUUUUAUUUACGUGUGUCUGUAUAUGUGACUUUUGAAGUCUAAAACAUUCAAGCUAUAUAUAAACCCCUCAAUAAAAGUUUGGAAAUCUGUGUGGCCAUUAAUUCCUCCCAACUUCCAAUUUACACAAUGCAUAUUUUACGUCAUUAAGAUCAUUUAAUUCUUUUAUAAAAUGAUACCUUGUUAUGAUCAU